AUGGGUCAGCAGGCAUCGGCACCAAAACCUGGUGCCAAAUUGCGGGUUAUCGGAGCAGGCCUUCCUCGAACGGGCACGGCAUCAUUCAGCGCUGCCCUGGAGAUUCUCCUCGACGGCCCGGUCUACCACGGCGGGACGCAGGUCUGCCUCGGGCCCGAGGCGGAGGCAAAGGGCUGGAUCGCCGCGUGGCAGCGCUACUCCCAGCCUGAUCCCAUUCCCAUCUCCGAAGACGAUAUCCGCCCAGCAUGGCCAAAGCGUACACCCGAGGACGAGGCAUUCAUCAAGGACACUCUCAGGAAGAGAUUCGACGGAUAUAUGGCAACCACGGAUUUCCCAGCGCCAACAUUCGUCAAGGAACUGGUCGAGCUGUAUCCGGAUGCGAAGGUCAUCGUGACCCUGCGCGACCCAGAGGCUUGGGGCAAGAGUCUCCAGGCGGUCGGGAACACGUCACUGCAGUGGAUAGUGCCUUUUGCUCUUUACCUACUUCCAUCUUUACGGUGGUACCCUAAGUAUAUCUCGGGCAUCAUUAACGCCUGGCGAGUGCUGUAUCAGGCGCCUGGCGAGGAACGGGAGUUCACCCGCAAAGUGUGGGAUAGGCAUAUCGCAUAUCUCAAAGCAGCGGUUCCUCCUGACCGUCUCGUGUUCUACGAUGUUCGAGACGGAUGGGAACCCCUUUGCGAGGCGCUUGGUGUUGAAGUUCCGAAGGGCGUCGAAUUCCCGAAGGUGAACGAGGGCGCUCAGGUUGAUGAAUUUGCCAAGAAGCAUAUCCAGCGCGGACUGUUGCGUUGGGCCGAGCUGCUCGGUGCUAUUGUAGUAGGGGGUGUAGCUGUUUGGUAUGCAUCUAGGAGGUGA